CCACAAGCCCCGACAACAUUUCACACAAAGUCAACUCAUCACAGCAAUGGGGCUAGUAGAUUACUCCGAAUCGGAUUCCGAGCCCGAGGUCACAAAUGAAUCAGCUCCCAAGCCCACGACAAAAACGACAGCGGCGCCGUACACUACGAACACCACCACCACCAAAAAGCCCUUCCAGAAAGUCGUUGAUCGGUCUAACCCCGGGAAGAUCCGUGUCAACCUACCACAGCUGAAGGGCGACGACGAACCGGCGUCUACGAGCGAUGAACCACCUGCGAAGCGCGUGAAAACCGGUGGAGGAGGCGGGCUUUUCGGCGGCAUGAACUCGUUCCUCCCGCCUCCCAAGAACACGGGCGCGAAGAAGGCGAUAGCGGCUAGCACCAACACUUCAAGGCCGCCGUUUCAGCUAAAGACCAGUUCUGAAGCUGGUUUCCGUCGGGAAUCGCCACAGGAGGCAGGCGUGGACGUUCAGGGUGCGGCUCCAGGCACAGGCGGCUCUGGACUGAUGCUACCGCCACCUAGAGCAACCACAUCACAACCUUCCAUACCGGACGGGAUGAAGGCGGAAGAAGACGUCAAGCUCGUGGGCAAGCCCAUGAUGUUCCGACCUCUCUCGGUAGCCAGGGCCAAGAAGAAGGGACCGAAGAAAUUACCCACAGCGCCGCCGUCAGCACCAGCGGGAUCCGAGUCAACGGUGCAGCAGCCCAAACCCGUCCCCGAAGUCGCAGCUCCUCCCCCACCGAAAAAGAUGUCUCUCUUCUCCAUCGCCAGCGAACCCGAGCCCGAGGAACCCGCGGCGGCCACCGAAACGAAUGGCGCAUACGAACCGCUCUUCGAACCCGAUAACGUCGCAACCAGUUACGACUCGUACGCCGCCGACACGGCUGGGCAGGGGACUUACCCCGUCCCCGCCACAGCGCCCAAUCCGGCAGACCCUACCAGCCUCGGCGUCGUAGCCGACGACCUGAACCUCUCAGCUGCAGAGCGGCGAGAACUCUUCGGACGGUCCGGGGCGCCCGGCCCUUCGGCCUCGACGAGCCGCGUGAUCAAUUUCGACAUGGAACGGGAAUAUCAACACAACGAGGAGCUGCGGGCCUCGGGCGAGCAGCAGAUCCACAGACCCAUCCGGGGCAUUACGCCGGGCAAGCACAACCUGCGGCAGUUGGUCAACGCGGUGCAGAGCCAGCGCGAGGCGCUCGAAGAGAGCUUUGCCAAGGGGAAGAACAUUCGCAAGGAGGCUUCGGGACGGUAUGGGUGGUAAUAAUAACGAGAAAAGGCGCAGCAUGUUUCAGAAUGUGAAAGGGGAUGGGCGGAUUAAGAAGAAGUCGACUAUGAUACCCCCUACCCUUCCGCCGGGGACGAAUAAAACAAAAUCGGGUCCUCGAGCUACGAAAAGGAAACUGCACCUAAAAUUCUUAUCCAUAUCGUAUCGUAAACCGUGAAUCAUGUGUGGACAGACACAUAUCGAUCGUUACGGACAAAGCUGAUUUUGCCCCCCCCUUUUUUUCUUUUUUUUCUCCUGGUCUCGUGCAGCAUAUUUGCAACACCAGCGCUGGAAACUCCUUCCUAAUUCGCAGUCCGUCGUAUAUAAUCAUGAAGGUCAACAUCUUACAACCGCGGCCGUCCGGAUAUGAUGCACCCCGCCCGUCGCACCACCCAUCAGAAACCCC